ACACUACUGUUAGCCGCCGAUCACUUACCGCUGCAGCUAACAACAGCCAAAGUGGACCUGGACUUUGAAAUCGACAUACAACUGCUGACAAAUGGCUAUGACGGCACCACGCUGACUUCGUUUUAUAAUGAGACGAGCACCUGGACGAACACCUCCGAAAUGGAUACAAUAGUUGGUGAGGAACCGGAGCCGCUCUCACUUGUGUCAAUUGUAGUUGUUGGCAUCUUCCUAUCGGUGCUUAUAUUCCUGUCCGUUGCUGGCAAUAUUCUCGUGUGCAUUGCCAUCUACACGGAACGCAGCCUGCGACGCAUUGGCAAUUUAUUUUUGGCCUCAUUAGCGAUUGCGGAUCUCUUUGUGGCCUCUCUAGUGAUGACAUUCGCGGGCGUCAACGACUUGUUGGGUUAUUGGAUCUUUGGCGCACAGUUUUGUGAUACUUGGGUUGCCUUUGAUGUCAUGUGCUCGACGGCAUCCAUUUUGAACUUGUGCGCUAUAUCAAUGGACCGUUACAUUCACAUCAAGGAUCCGCUUAGAUACGGCCGUUGGGUCACACGACGGGUCGCUGUCAUCACCAUAGCCGCCAUCUGGCUUCUGGCCGCCUUCGUCUCGUUUGUGCCAAUCUCGCUGGGCAUUCAUCGACCCGACCAGCCUCUUAUUUUCGAGGAUAAUGGCAAAAAGUAUCCUACAUGUGCGCUGGAUCUGACACCCACAUAUGCCGUCGUCUCCAGCUGUAUCAGUUUCUACUUUCCAUGUGUGGUCAUGAUUGGCAUCUACUGUCGGCUCUACUGCUACGCGCAAAAGCAUGUGAAAUCGAUUAAGGCUGUCACACGACCUGGCGAGGUGGCCGAGAAGCAACGCUACAAGAGCAUACGACGUCCCAAGAAUCAGCCGAAAAAGUUCAAGGUGCGCAACUUGCAUCACAGCUCACCAUAUCAUGUGUCUGAUCACAAGGCAGCGGUCACUGUAGGCGUCAUCAUGGGCGUCUUUCUCAUCUGCUGGGUUCCCUUUUUCUGUGUGAACAUAACAGCCGCGUUCUGCAAGACCUGCAUUGGUGGCCAGACCUUCAAGAUACUCACCUGGCUCGGCUAUUCGAACUCGGCUUUCAAUCCCAUCAUCUAUUCGAUUUUCAACAAGGAGUUUCGAGACGCCUUCAAACGCAUCCUCACCAUGCGCAAUCCAUGGUGUUGUGCCCAGGAUGUGGGCAACAUUCAUCCACGCAACAGUGAUCGUUUCAUCACGGACUAUGCCGCCAAAAAUGUGGUUGUCAUGAAUUCGGGACGCUCGAGCGCCGAACUGGAGCAAGUGUCUGCGAUUUGA